AUGAACAAAAGCCACUUAAGCCUUGACAGCGAACUUUCUGACGGCUUGGUUGCGGAGCUUGGCCUGUUGCUUGUGGGAGCGGAUGGAUUGCUCGUGGGCGGUCAAUCUUCUGCGGAUGGCGCGGGUCUUCUUGACGCGAAGAUAAUACAAAAAUACCUUGUGGUCAGCGUAGAACUUGCGGAGCUCUUGCUUUUGGGUCUGGUUGAUGACGGUCAAGACUCUGGCGAUGUUCUUGCGGACAACGCGAAUCUUGGAGAGCUUGGAAGCGGCUCCUCCGGUGACCUUGGAGACACGAAGGGUGGCGAGCUCGGUCUUCUGCUCGUCAAGAGUCUUUUGAAGGGCAUCCUUCUUCUGUCCGCGGAGAGACUUGGUCUUCAGCUUGGUCAUGACUAUAGUGGUAACCCUGAAAAUGAAUUGAUUGAUUAA